CAUAGGAGCCAACAUCCUUGAUCCUGAUUACACGCCAUUGCCGCGCGAGAUGACAUCACAAGUCUCCCUUCCGCGACUCGUGAAAGUCACGGUUCUGUCCAUUGGAGACUUAGGUUUCGGUCACGGUCACCAGGGUGGGACGCACAUUCUGCCGGAAUGCUUCGGCGCCACAAUUGGGCUCGGCAGUAGGUUGCCUCGGCAGAAUAUUUGCAGCCGUAGUGCGCCGCGACCGACAGAUUACUGUACGCAAACCGUUGGUGCAUUCGGUACUGUGAAGCGGUCAGGGAAGCGCAUACAAUAUCGAUCACGAGAUCAUCGCACUGCCUCGGCACAGAAUGUCCCUAGGCGCCCCCACGCGACUGAAAGUGUUGUGAAGGGUGUUCGGUUGUAGAACCGGUAGGGUCGAUUGGGCCAGAGAAAGUCUGCUGUAGACCGCACGCACGGUGCCGGAACCGAGAGUCUACGCGACCACGAAAAACCUACGGCAAUCGGCCGAGCUUGACUUUGCAUUUAACCGCCCAUGUCAGCGCGAUAUUCAUCCUAACCAUCUAUAGCACCAGUAUGGGUCAGCAGUCGAUCUUCAAGAAUAUGCAUGAAACGUGCGCGUGGCGUGCAUUCCCUUGUGGCAAUUGUCUUAGUGGUGGAACCUUGAACGCCAUGC